AUGUUCUUUCCGGGUCUUCUUACCUUCUUAUUACUACUUUUUGCAACUUGUGAAGCGGGGAUUUUCGGAAAAUGGUAUAAGUUGGCGAUCAAGGCGAAGAUCAAGUGCAAUGAGAAGAAGUUUGACAAUGUGGUGAGUGUUUUUUUCUUUAUUUCAAAGGAAAUGCGCGACAGUCAUUGCCGAGGUUUGCUUAAAUUUUUCCGAUUGAGUAUAGGGAACGUUGAUUUUACUAACUUAAAAAAAACAUGUUUUUAUCUUUCACCGCUCUCCGGGCUUCGCGUACUCUCUCUCUCUCUCUGCUAAAAAAUAUCGCUCAAUAUCUCGGCCGUCUUUGCAAAAAACCCUCUUUUUUGACGAAUAAAAAAGAUUUUUUUCGUAUUUUGCAAGUGAAGUACCCCCAAGUGCGACGUUCACUUUUUCCUUAAAUUUUGCACACACUCCGGCCAUAGGCCAUAUAUAAAUUCCUGAAAGUUUUAGCUCGCUCGUUGCAGGGAGAGCCGAGAUAUUCAACGAUCUUUAGAGCCGAGAGCGUACACGGAACGCGGAGAGCGAUAACGUGAAAAAUUUUGGAUCAUAUUUUUGCCAGUUUCUUGCGGAAAAAAUCGAUUUUUUGUGGAGAUAUUGCCCUGUACAGCAGAAAUAGGCAUGAAACUUUAAAACUUUUCAUGCCAAGAUUUUUGAAAAAAAUCCGCAUUUUUUCUAACUUUCUAUUGACCUAAAAAUCUCGGCCGAAAAACCUAGGAGCCUCACAUAUGUCCCAGAAAAAGUUAUUCUAAAUUUUUACCAAGUUUCAUCAAAAUCUGAGUGUCGCACUUGGCGCAUUUCCCCUCUUUGUUGUCUUCAAACAAUAACUGUUUUGUCGACACAAAUUGAAUUAUCCAUUUUUCAGACCCUUCAACUCUUCAAAUCCGAGGACGCCGCUGAAGUUUUAAUCCCAACAUCGAUAACAAAAAAGAAUGGCAAAACGGAAAUUACCGCCGAAAUAAAGGAGCAGAGUAAAUUUCAACCAGUCCUGCACCUGCUACAUCGCUGCAAUGAAGUCAAAGAUCCGGCCAAGAUCAACGUUUGUCCGAUGGAUUUUUGGAUUCAAAUCCCGAAGAAGUUUGUUUUUGAGGACACCGAAAAUGCAAAACCUUACAGUAUCACCAUUGAUUUGGAUAAGAAAGAAAAGUUUGAUGGGAUGAAGAGGAAUUGUGAUGUCAUGUUUUGA